CCACCACGGAGCAAUUUCGAAAUCUCCCUCCAUCCCUCCAUCUCGAACAUUUUCGACGACGACCCGGAACGAGACAUCACCACCGCAUAUCGCAACACCCCCCUAUACAUUCAUUCAGCUCCUAGCUGUUGUCUACAUACUCCCCGGCCUUUCAAAAUGACGAAAAGGACCAAGAAGGUGGGAAUUGCCGGGAAGUACGGUACUAGAUACGGUGCCUCCCUCCGAAAGCAGGUAAAGAAGAUGGAGAUCACCCAACAUGCUCGGUACACCUGCACCUUCUGCGGUAAGGUGUCUGUUAAGCGUCACUCUGUCGGCAUAUGGGACUGCAAGUCGUGUGGAAAGACUGUUGCUGGAGGCGCAUAUACCGUGUCGACUGCCGCUGCCGCUGCCAUGCGAUCAACACUGCGAAGAUUGCGAGAGAUCCAGGAAGUUUAGGCAUAGGCCGGAUGAUAUAUGGUGGCGGUGGUUAGUUCCACGCUUGACUUCGGCGUACAGGAAAUCGGGUUUCUACACAAGCCAUGAGAGGUCAUGGUAACGAUCGAUUAAAUCCACAACCAGCAUCAAUAAGAUGUUUGAUGGAUAUGUGAACAAAUUCCGACAAUUGUUCGGGUCAUCACUGCGGCCCGGCUCCAUAAUAUGCACAAUGUGCUCUUCCAUGUGAACGAACGCUCGAGGGAACUAUUCCAAUGUUAUCUUCCAAGCUUAGUCGUCCGAUACGCGAUUUUCACCUAUCUGCGUACCCAGGAAUCAUAGCCGAAGGUUUCUCUACGUCAUCCUAGUGAAUGCAGCUUGAUGCGCCGAUGUUGGGGAACAGUGCCGGGCCUUCUAAUUCUGGCAGCUUUGGGAGGAUGAUAGGAGGAGUGACCGGUGUCUAGGUUGUGAAGGCGAGGUCGGUAGGACGAUCCCUAAUGUCCUCUCCGGUUCCUAUCCCCACCAGCCUGACCACUUCGACGCACAUGCCAUCAACGUCACCCACUAAGAUGAGUUAUCUAGCGACCUAGUAAUCGUGUCUGUCUAGAAAGCUGGGGUGUAGGUCGACGCACACUCUGGGAGACAAAUGGCAUGGCCGCGAAGGACCCAGACGAGACUUACCG